AUGGCCCCCGUCCCCCGCGUUUACUCCAAGACCUACAAGGUCCCCCGUCGUCCUUUCGAGUCGGCCCGUCUUGACUCGGAACUGAAGAUUGUCGGCGAGUACGGCCUGCGCAACAAGCGUGAGGUGUGGCGUGUCCAGCUCACCCUGUCCAAGAUUCGUCGUGCUGCUCGUGAGCUUCUCACCCUCGACGAGAAGGACCCCAAGCGUCUUUUCGAAGGUAACGCUUUGAUUCGCCGUCUGGUCCGCAUCGGUGUCCUCGAUGAGUCUCGCAUGAAGCUCGAUUACGUCCUGGCCCUCCGCGUUGAGGACUUCUUGGAGCGUCGUCUUCAGACUUGCGUCUACAAGCUCGGUCUUGCCAAGUCCAUCCACCACGCCCGUGUCCUGAUCAAGCAGCGUCACAUCCGUGUCGGCAAGCAGAUCGUCAACGUCCCCUCCUACAUGGUCCGCCUGGACUCCCAGAAGCACAUCGACUUCGCCCUUACCUCCCCCUACGGUGGUGGCCGCCCUGGCCGUGUCCAGCGCAAGAAGGCUGCCGCUGCUGCCGGUGGUGGUGACGACGAGGCUGAGGAGGACGAGGAGUAA